UCUCUCUCUCUUCCUCACAGUUCCCUUUGAACUUUCUUCUCAAUCAUGCACUUCCGGGCGAUGGAGACACAGCGUCCUUCGUAACCCAUAAAGACUUGGACUUUAUUAAAAACCAUGCAUGAUGUAUGGCCUCCAAAAAUCCCCACCCUUUUUUUGAAUUUGCUCGGAGCUUUUUUUAUAUCCUUGCAAUAAUUCAUCUUUCUUAAUCAACCAACAACAAGGCAGAGAAGACCGACCGACAGCCGACUGUGAAGAGAAGCGCGUGUCAUCCACUCUCGCAUUUCUGUGAAGAAAAAGACCCGGCCCUUAACACUUCGAGAUCGGAGAACUUGCGACAAUGGCGGUCGCCACCUUCUCCAACUUGUCCACUUUCACCACUCGCUCGUCACUCUCUCUCUCUUCUUCGUCUUUCUCUUUCCCACACACCACAAGCGUCUCUUUCUCUAUCAUCACCCAAACCAGAACCACCACCUCCCUCGCUCUCGCCACGUCGCCCUUCCCCCGCUCCGCCUUCGCCACGUGCUUCUCCUCCGGCGGUCCACCCUCUGGCGGAGGCGGAGGCGGAGGCGGAGGGGAUCAUGGCGGUGAAGGAGAUGAUGGAGAGGAGGACAGGGAGAAGAACAAGGCGGAGGCGGCGAUGGCGAUAGCGGAGGCGGGAAGGACGGCGGAGAGUCUGCCGAAGGACCUUGCGGCGGCGGUGGAGGCGGGACGGGUGCCAGGGUUGAUAGUGAAGAGAUUCUUUGAGCUGGAGAAUUCGGCGAUCUUCCGGUGGCUGCUUCAGUUUGAUGGAUUCAAGGAGCGGUUGCUCGCCGACGACUUGUUCUUGACCAAAGUUGGCAUCGAGUGCGGUGUCGGAGUUUUCACCAAGACGGCUGCGGAGUUGGAGCGGCGCAGAGAAAAGUUUACCCAAGAGCUGGAUUUUGUGCUUGCGGAUGUGGUGAUGGCCAUUAUAGCUGAUUUUAUGCUUGUCUGGCUUCCUGCUCCUACUGUCUCACUUCGGAAACCUCUUGUUGUUAGUGCUGGGCGUGUUACCAAGUUCUUCUAUGGCUGUCCUGACAAUGCAUUUCAGGUAGCUUUGGCCGGAACAUCUUACUCAAUCUUGCAGAGAAUAGGCGCGAUUUUGAGAAAUGGAGCUAAACUAUUUGUGGUUGGGACUGGUGCAUCUCUGGUUGGUACUGGUGUAACAAAUGCAUUGAUUGCUGCGAGAAAAGCUCUGGAUAAAUCCUUUGCUGGUGAAGCGGAAGAUGUUCCCAUAUUAUCAACUAGUGCAGCCUAUGGGGUCUACAUGGCAGUUUCUAGCAAUCUAAGGUACCAAGUUCUUGCUGGAAUAAUUGAACAGCGUAUUCUAGAACCCCUGCUACACCAACACAAGCUUGCACUGAGUGCAAUUUGCUUUGCUGUUCGAACUGGAAACACAUUUUUGGGGUCCUUGAUGUGGGUUGAUUAUGCACGCUGGAUUGGAAUUCAAUAAAUAUGUGAUUAGAUUGUAGGGGUCCAUAAGGCGUAAGCUACAUCAUUGUUUGUAAGCUAUACAGUUUUAACAGCGUUGAACUCCUGCUUCAAAAAUGAACGUCUACUCGUUGGUUUGAUACUUCAAGCUUUCAAGUCUAGCAUUUGUGGACGGCUUGCAAGUGCCCCCUGCUUCAUUGGUGUUGCAAUUCUGGCACAGACAGACUACGGAUGUCAAAAUUUCUUAUAAGAUUGCAAAUUGUUUUUA